AUGCCUAUGCUGCGGAGACAGUUCCUCGCGAAAACUUUUAACCUAGUGUACCCUGUUUACCUGUUCUACCCGUUCGACCUGUUUGACCUGUUUGACCUGUUUGACCUGUUUGACCCGCUCUACCCCAACAACCCGACUGUCCGCAACCUCCUUAACUGCCUGCCAGUUCCUGAUCCUGUUGGUAGCUCUUCGAGCUACAUCUUGUCUAUGAACCUGAGGAUAGCCUGA